CAACAAAACAAAACCAGUGAUCAGAGAUCCAGAGCUCUCCAAAUCCCUAAGAUCCAGACGACGUCGUUUCAGAUCCACACUCUCCACUAUGCCUUCUACAUUCAGCGGCGAUGAGACCGCUCCUUUCUUCGGCUUCCUCGGCGCUGCUGCCGCCCUCGUUUUCUCCUGUAUGGGAGCGGCCUAUGGCACGGCAAAGAGUGGGGUUGGAGUUGCAUCUAUGGGAGUCAUGAGGCCCGAGCUGGUGAUGAAGUCUAUUGUUCCUGUUGUUAUGGCUGGAGUUUUGGGUAUUUAUGGGCUCAUUAUUGCGGUUAUCAUCAGUACCGGGAUUAACCCCAAGGCGAAGUCGUAUUACCUCUUUGACGGUUACGCACAUCUUUCCUCUGGUCUUGCUUGUGGUCUUGCGGGGCUCUCUGCUGGAAUGGCUAUUGGUAUAGUUGGUGAUGCUGGUGUUAGAGCUAAUGCACAGCAGCCAAAACUCUUUGUUGGGAUGAUCCUCAUUCUCAUUUUCGCUGAAGCGUUGGCACUGUAUGGCCUGAUUGUUGGAAUUAUCUUAUCCUCCCGAGCUGGCCAGUCCAGAGCAGACUAAGGAUGUGCAGUCUAAUAUUCUUUACUUGCACAUUCAUGCACUUAGCUGGGAAAUUUUUUGGCUGCUCACGGCUCACUGAUUGUGUUAUGCUUGCAGAUUCCUAAGAUUAUGAUUGUGUACGUAUCUACCUCCUCUUGUAGGAUCAAAUUUUCUUUAACAGAAUAAACUCUUAAAUCUGUCUAUGUAUUAUUAUUUUUAAUUAUGAUUGAAUGUUCAGCCAAAAAGUAGGUACUGGUAUAGAAGUUAUAUUUCUGGAACUAGAGCAUGUAUUAUCCUUAUCCACAACUUGAGUACGUACUUUUAUUGUGAAAUACCGUUAAGGAUCAUACAAAUAUAUACCACUAUUAUCUGUU